AGAGACCGCUGACGCAGCACAAUGGAGUCCUCUGUCAAGCGAUCUUUGCCAAAAGACAGGAUGACAUGAUUCAUGAUUGGGCCUGGAGGAGUCCUAGAGUUACUGUACUAGUACUGAGUCGAGUAGCUAGAUUCUAUACAUGCAGUGUAUGCAAAAGUGAACAACUUCAAACCUAAUUGCAAUAUGGACCACACACAAGCUGAGGAGAUACUGAGUUUGCCCAAAGAUGCAGCUGUUCUUGGGACAACAGAACCGUCUGCAUUCAUACUCUCUCUACGAGACAAGAGUGAAUUCUCAAAGCUCCAUCCAGCUGGCUAUCAUUGCAUACCUCACAUUGGUACCUAUGGCCAAUACUACACUCUCUCCUUCCCAAUGGUACUGGUGUCUCUGCCUGCCACUCCAAGGUACCUACGAUGUCUACCAAAUGAAGUAUUAAAUUCUCUGGAUCUCGAACAGUACUCAUCGAAUCAAACUCACUUCAACCUCAUGGCUUCACCACCCACCACCCUUCUGGAUAAACCACACCCUUAUAUCCCGACGUCACAAACUGAUGACACCCAGUUGCAAUAUGUAGCUCGUAACGUAGUUUGGAAUGCUCUGGUCAGUGCCUACCAUCGAGUUUUACACGGCACUAAACAAAUGGAAGAUAUGACAGUGCAGAUGGAGGCAAUGUCGUUUGAUAUGAGUGACACUCUGAAGCCUGAUUGGACGAUUCCCAAGCAGGGAAGCUCGGUAGUCAGUCUAGAAAGCAAGGGUUAUGUAAAUGCUUCUUCAGAUUUGAGGAAAGUUGCAUUCGCUGAUCGGACAGGAGUUGUGUAUAUUAACGAAGAUUACGAAGAGGAAUUGAAGAUAGUUGCCAAGAAGCUGGUCAACAAAGCGUUACACCUUGCCUACAAAACCGUGGAAUCCCUCUAUCGAAGAAGCAGUAUCGAAUAUCUCAUAGCUAGCACCAAACGAAUGAAGAUAUCACACUCGCCCUCCCCACCUCCCCCGACUGUGUUUGAAGAUCCCAAUGCCGAUAGUAAUGGCCAACCAAAACCUCUGCAUAGGAGCCGAAACAGAAGAAGUCCCUCGCCAGAUACUCUUCUCAGAAAACUGGGAGCUAAACGCCAGAGAAGUGGCUCUCACGAUAUUGCGAUGCUAAGUGAUCAACAUCGGACAAAGAAACUGCUUGUUAGUGGAAAGUCUCAGGUCGACUCUGACCCCAGACAUAUCCUGAGGGUGCGGCCUGGAACUGAACCGCCUCCUGUUUCUCAGCUUGCCAAUAUAGCUUUCAGUGUGAGUCAAAUGUCCAUUGCUGAAGAAUCGGACGAGGAAUCAGACGAGGAAAGUUACACGAUACUCGAGGCAGUACAGAGAACCCCAGAGCAAAGUGAACUGCACAAUCCAAGUUCCGCUGUACCAGUUUAUCAUAUGUACCCCCCACGACCACCCCCUGCAGCUGAGCAAGGUAUUUCGUCCAUCGUCGUGUCACCUGAUUCCAUCCUAGACAUGGAUUUAUUCGUUAUCGUCCAUUCGUACCCACCCCCCAGUCAAUGUCAGAAGUUUCUCUGUGUGAACACGGAUGAGGUCAACCUGGUUUACCAUUGCUGGCUAUAUAAGGACAGUCCUUUCGCUUCCAAUCACACGCUCAAUCGUAAAGUGCAGAUGGGUGUGUUCUGUCCGCAGGGGGUGGAGCAAGUGCACCUUAACCUUCAGGAUGCUGGAGUGCCAUUUGACUUCCUGGAUGAGAGGACGGUGUGUAUACAUAACUGCUGUUUUUCCCCCGAGAAUGCUCAACUCCAACUAGCGACCUUAAACAAUCAAACCCUCUUCCAUUCGUUCUUCUCAGUGGCCAGACACGGAUCGAGGAAGGUGGUGGCAUAUCACGUCGUCCCCGGCAACACACUGGUAGAGCAGUUGGUUAGAAGUAGCAUUCAAGAUUGUUGUAAUUUGAGACAGUUGUUGCUAUCAUUAGCAAACUCAUUCCCAGCUCUAGGUGAAAAACUGGCCAGUCUUAUCCUUCCUAUGUUCUAGGUAUAAAAAUUUUUAAAAAUUGGCUGGCCAAAUAUUUUUGUUGCUUUAAUCAAAAAUUGUUUUUCUUGAUAUAUCGAUAUAUGGAGUGUUUGUGUAAUUUGUACCGAACAAUACAUUCAUGUUCUCGACAAUCGUAAGAAUUAUUAUCAACAUUAAUUUUAAUA